AUGGAGACCCCGCCGCCGCGCCGGUGGCCGCCAGGCUUCCGCUUCAGCCCCACCGACGAGGAGCUUGUUCUCUACUUCCUCAAGCGCCGGAUCGCCUCGGGCCGCCCCUCUCCCUACAUCGCCGAAGUCGAAGUGUACAAGUCACACCCCUCCCACCUCCCCGAGAGGUCGGCGCUGCAGACGGGGGACAGGCAGUGGUUCUUCUUCAGCCGGAUGGACCGCAAGUACCCCAACGGCUCGCGCGCCAGCCGCACCACUGGCGACGGCUACUGGAAGGCCACGGGGAAGGACCGCUUCAUCUGCGGCGGCGGCCGGGCGGUGGGCAACAAGAAGACGCUGGUGUACCACCACGGCCGGGCCCCGCGCGGGGAGCGCACGGACUGGGUCAUGCACGAGUAUACCCUACUCGCCGACGCGCUCCCGCCGGCCGCGCAGGGGAGGGAGUCCUACGCGCUGUACAAGCUGUUCCAGAAGAGCGGGGCCGGGCCCAAGAACGGCGAACAGUACGGUGCUCCCUUUCGGGAGGAGGAUUGGUUGGAUGACGACGAUGAGGGAGUGGCUGCGGAUGCUGCCGCUAAUUCUGUUCCUAACACCAGCAAUCCACCAUCUACAGUGGAGGAGCAUGCACUUACUGACCGUGAGCUUCCGAUUGAGGAUCUUGAUGAACUCCUGUCAAAUUUUGGAAAUGAUCUGGAGGAGUUUAGUGAAGCACAGCCUGCUUCUUCCCAUGGUCAAGGUCAGGGUUGGCUCACUGAGGGGGGUGACAAGGCUGAGGUUGUGGAUGCUUCCAUUAGCAAUGGUGCUGUGGUAGUAGCACAGAACACCUGCACUGAUCUCCCUCUUGGGGAUAUUGAGCAGCUUCUGAUGCAAAUAUCUGAUGAUCAGCAAAACGCUGAGUUGUUCUCGGAUUUAUCAACAUCAGUUCCAGAAGUGCAGUUCCAGUGUGAUGAUCGUCAGGUUUGGAUUGAUGCCGACAGGGGACAUGAAGUUUGUGCUGCGGAUCCUACUGCCAGCAGUGGUGCUGUUGUAACAGCAGAAUGUACUGACACAGAACUUCCACUUGGGGAUCUUGAAGGGCUUCUGCUACAAAUAGCCAAUGACCAGGACAUGGUUGAACCCCAAUCAGAUCUCUCUGCACCAAUUCCACAUCAUAAUUUCAAUCAGGCUGGCAUUGGGGAUUUACAUGAAUCUCAUGGUGUUCCGGUUGGUAAUCUUUCUUGUAUAGUUCAGGAAAGCACAUUUUGUGAACCACGGACUGAGCCGAGUAGUCAAUUUCCACAGUCUAAUGUAACCAAUUUGCCAUUUAGCGGAGAAACAAAUUCUUCUGAAGGGACCAGUGUGGCACAUUCUGUAUCAGGUUUGAUCAGUUACCACAGCCAGGAUGCUGAUGAGGAGUUCCUUGAAAUGAAUGAUUUUUUUGAUCUGGAGGAUCUAGGUCAGAAUGCAAAUUGUAUGACAACUGAGUACUUGGUAUCUGCAACAAAUGGGAUGUUUGACAAUUUGGAAUACUCUGAUGCUCCUUCGUUUCUACCUGGGCCAUCUGACACAGUUGGAUUGGUAGCUGAAAAUCAAUUUUUUGAUAUUGGUAACAGUGGAAUUCAGAACCAGGGAUAUCAAUAUACAACCGAAGUAAGGACACAUAAUCAGGCUGCUCUUAAUGUACGGAGCCAUAUGAAGCAUGAUCAUGUAGUCUUAUCCUCGCAUGCAUCAGGCACUCUGAAUAUUCAUGCAGCAAAUGAGCUACAUAACCAGAGCUCCACAGCUCCACAAUCAUGGUUCAAUGCGGCUCUGUCAGCCUUGUUGGACUCUGUACCUAGUAGUCCAGCAUUAGCUGCUGAAAUUGAAAACACUGUUAUCAACAGAACACUCCAGCGCAUCUCUAGCUUCCGAUCACAGCAAACUGCAGGUGAAGAAAACACUUUUAUCAACAGAACACUUCAGCACGUCUCUAGCUUCAAGUCACAGCAAGCAACAAGGGAAGAACCAGGCACCCCAAGUAUUCAGGUUACCAGAGGCGGCAGACUGAUGUUCAUCUCUCAACUGGUUAUACUUGCUUCUAUUAUAUGGACCUUUACUUCUGGCUCUGCCCUCAAUUUUCGCAAGGGUUUAUGGAAAUCCUCUUCUACGUGA